AUGCAGAGGCGCGCUUGCAAGGCCAACUGCUGCCUCAUCCUGUUCCCGGUGCUCGUCUGCGUCCUGCUCGGCGGGCUGCAGACGUUCAUGGACAACCUGUUCAAAAACCUGGGCGGCGACAAGCCCGACUGCAAGGUCUGCGACGGCCGCACCGGCGGCGGCGGCGUGCGUCUCAGCGAGGACGCCGUCGGGGGCCUCUCGUGCUCCCCGUCCUGCCCGCUGCCGGUGGCCCAGCGAUGGCCCGUCGUGCUGCUUCUUCCCGGCAGCAAGGGGGAUGCCCUUAACUUCUCCGCCCUGAUGGAAAUGGACAAUAAACCGCCGCCGUGCGUGAGCCCGGAGUCGUGCACGGCGCCGGCCAAGUUCCUCGUCACCGGUGGCAACAAGUCAUUCGCACAAAGUCUCACGGGCAACAUGUUCCCGCCACACGCCUCGCCGAACUUGACAGCUGACAUUUCCGGCUUGGCUGAUUAUGCGCUGGCAAUUGAUGGAACAGGUUUUGGCACUAGUACUUAUGAAGCCGCCUUUGAUAGGGCGGCCCUUUAUUUUCUUCAGAGCAAAUGCGCUCCAAAAUCAACACUUUCUUUCCCGGUCCAGCACGGUCCAAAAAUGGACAACAAAGAGUUUCUAGCUAUUGUGCAGGCCUCAAAUGCAUACCUUCAGUUGAGGGGUAAUGAUACUAAGACGCGAUUUGGGUUUGUUGAAGACAUGCCUAGAGAUGGUCAUCCUAUUAAGGCUCCAGAUAUGUCUUUUAUAGUUGGGAAGCUGGUUUUUAUACAGAUUAUAAUGCUCCUUUUCCUGACUUGUAUCACCUACCAAGUCACCGGCGCGACCCCCUUCGGGCAGUGCCUGAGAGAGAUAGUUGAUAGAUUCUUGCAACAACCAGAUACCAGUUAUUCAGUCAUAAUCGAUAACAUUAGGAAAGUGUACCCUCCAAAAGAUGGAAAUGCAGAAGUAGUUGCUGUCAAAGGCUUCUCACUUUCUAUCCAACGCGGACAAUGUUUUGGACUUGGUUCAAAUGGUACUGGAAAAACCUCUCUCAUUAGCAUGGCUGCAGAACAAUCUCUAAAAGCACUACAGAUAUUUGAUGGUGGUGUUGCUGAUACUCUGGUUUCACAAUACAGCGGUGGCAUGAAACGUCGUCUCAGCGUUGCUAUAUCCCUAAUCGGCGACCCUAAGGUGGUUUACUUGGACGAACCAAGUACAGGAUUGGAUCCAGCAUCAAGGAGUGCCUUAUGGAACGCUCUGAAGUUUGCCAAAAAGGACAAAGCCAUAAUCCUCACAACGCAUUCGAUGAAAGAGGCCGAGGCUCUAUGCGACCGGAUAGGAAUAGCGGCGUAUGGACGUCUCCGGUGCACCGGAACCUCCAAAGAGUUGGAGGCGAAGUACGGAGGCACGUUCGUGUUCACGGUGACGGCGUCGGCGGGCGAAGACGAGGCGGUGGAGCGGCUGGUCCGGUCCAUCUCCCCCGCCGCCAAGCGGACGUACCACAUCGCCGGGACGCAGAAGUUCGAGCUGCCCAAGCAGGGGGUGAGGAUCGCCGAGGUCUUCCGCGCCGUGGAGCAGGCCAAGCGCUCGCUCAACAUCGCCGCCUGGGGCCUGGUCGACACCACGCUGGAGGACGUCUUCAUCAAGGUCGAUUGCUGA